GUAUGCGACGCGCGUCAAUAGUUUUCCGUUCGGAAAAAUUUUGUCGUGAGUGCCUGCAGUGUUGACCCUUUCCCGUCUGGAACUAUUACGGAUUAUGUGUAUGUUUGUUAGUGAAUACAGUGUGUUUUACAGCGCUCCGGGACCACCUUUUGGCUGUUGAUUCUUCCUAUAGCAUCAACAAUGGAAGUGGUACAGCCUCUACCGGUUCCCUGGCUGUCUGCUGUAGUCUUCCUCUGCACAUUUCUGUCUACGCACUGCCUCAAUAACAAGAUUCAUGAGCACAUGACCGCUGAUGAGCUCCGAAACGUUUUCCACGUGGAACAUCACUCUCAAGUACCAGAAUACCACCUAGUUCAACUAACCCACCAUCUGUCUAGAAGAAACAUCGCGUCCCACCACCCAUCAAAUUCUCAUAAUGUAAACCCUGAAAAGAUUCCCCACGAUAAGACAUCCAAGCCAUUACAGAAAGAACCAUCUUUGCUCAACGAUCAAAUGUUCGUAAGAGCAAAAGAGUUCAUCAAAGAUGUGGAUAUAAUUGGUGAUCUAAAUAACACGAUUAGUGUAAAUUUUGGUGUUACGAAUUCAAGUGAAACAAGUGAUAGUGAAUUUGGUGAUAAAGAGGAAGUGGAUGAUGAAAAUGAUGAUGUACAUAAUAUAGAAUUGGAAGCAUUCGGCAAACAGUUAAAGCUAGUUUUAAAGAAACAACAGGGUUUGGUAAAGAAGGAUGGGCUCAAGGUGUGGAAGGCGCUAAAGAAUGAAUCACAACCCCAUGGAGUUGACUACGAAGAAAUAGUAACUGAUGGCGAGGAAGAUAUUGGAGACCUGUACCAUGAUGAUGAGAACGGAGCUGCUCUGCUAAUCAGAAGACAUCCCAAACAUGGGCAUCUAGUUGUGGAAGGUUCCAUUGGUCACGACCUGGUGAUCCGGCCAGUACCUGACUCGAUGACUGCAGCGCAAGACGACGAGAUGUUCCUCGACUCGGGCAGCAUGGCUGAUAUGGUCUCCAUUGACACUGGACUGCCCCUUGGAAGGAGAAAUAAAGAAAGUCAAGAGCAGCUCCGGAGUAGACUGCAGGGAGCCCAGCACUUCAUCAUCAAGAGAGAACCGGAGAGCGGUGACCACCUCAGCGAUUAUGCUUUCAUGGAGCCAGAUCAUCUCGGCAAGCGGUUCAGGAGAAGAAGAUCCACGGAGUCACACAGCAGAAAGAAGAGAGAUGCCCCGUACGUCAUCUAUCCAGAAAUUCUUGUCAUCGUAGACUACGAUGGAUACAGGUUGCAUGGCGGAGACAACCUUCAGAUAAAGCGAUACUUUGUUUCUUUCUGGAACGGGGUCGACCUGAGAUAUAAGCUUUUGAAAGGACCAAGAAUACGCAUAUCGAUUGCUGGAAUUAUCAUCUCUAGGGGACGUGAUGCCACUCCAUACCUGGAACGGAAUCGAGUGGGACGGGAUGCAAUCGAUUCUGCAGCAGCCCUAACUGACAUGGGCAAGUAUCUGUUCAGAGAACGGAGACUGCCUGUUUACGACAUUGCAGUUGCCAUCACUAAACUAGACAUGUGCAGAAGACAAUACUCGAACGAUGCGUGCAAUAGAGGGACAGCAGGUUUCGCGUAUGUGGGCGGCGCGUGUGUGGUGAACAAACGCUUGGAAAAGGUCAAUUCAGUUGCCAUCAUCGAGGACACGGGCGGUUUCUCUGGCAUCAUUGUAGCUGCUCACGAAGUCGGUCACUUAUUAGGGGCAGUCCACGAUGGAAGUCCCCCGCCCUCGUACCUCGGAGGUCCAGGCGCGGAGAAGUGUAGAUGGGAGGACGGCUUCAUCAUGUCAGAUCUCAGACACACAGAGAAAGGAUUCCGGUGGUCACCUUGCAGUGUCCAAAGCUUUCAUCACUUUUUAAAUGGUGAUACAGCGACGUGUUUGUACAAUUCCCCACACGAAGACGACUCAUUACCGAGGGUUUUGCCUGGAAGGCUGCUCACGCUAGACGCGCAGUGCAGGAAAGAUAGAGGCACGAGCGCAUGUUUCAAAGACGAGCGAGUCUGUGCCCAACUAUUCUGCUUCGACGCGGCGAGCGGGUACUGUGUCGCGUACAGACCGGCAGCUGAGGGAUCUCCCUGUGGGGAUGGCCAAUAUUGUAUAAACGGGCGGUGUAUAACUGAACACGAGAACAUAAUCCCGGACUAUUCGCAGCACACGCCGAGCUACGUGAGACCAGACACCAGUCCGUUUUAUGGCAACAUUACCAGUAACGACGCUACAACACAGCCAUACGUUGCUAGCACAUCGCCACCAGUUUACCAAAACAAUUACCACUACCAAAGAGAUACACCCAGCACGACCACAGAGAACCCAUACAAAAAUUACUACAGCACUCCAGAGCAAACAACAAAGACGCCAGAGACCAUAAAACCCAGCGUAUCAUAUCCACCAUCUAUAAAUAAAUACUCAGUGUCCACUACAAGAAGCCCAUACGACUUCCACGAUUUCUUCGCAAGAACAACAGAAGCUCCAGAGAAAAAAGGCUUCUUCAGCAAGCAAGAUCUGGACAGCUAUCUCACGAAAACAACGAAAGACCCGUAUCCCAACAAGGGGCCGAAGUCGGUCUUCAAGAUAGGGACAUAUUAUUCUCAGGCGAAGUCAUCGGAUAACUCUAUCAGGCCAGAUGCGAACUCACAACAAGUUCAAAUAGAACCGGCGAGGUUAGUUUACUCGUAUCAGAAGAACUUGACGUCAGGAGAACUUAUCCGUGCCUAGAGUGCCAAAAUUGCAGCCGCCAUUAGCGAAUUGAGCUGAAGAAAUAUUUGAAGACUGCUGGAUUUAAGGGCACUAGGAUUCAUGAAGAAAUACAUCACACUCCUGGUGAUCCCGUCCAGACUUAAUGUUUGAAAUGUAGUGAUCCCAUAUUUAAUUGAUAUCACCAGUUUAUAAAUAAUUUUCUACGGCACCAGAGCUGGCCAUUCCGUCCAUAUAUCUCAUAAAAAAGUAAAAAAAACGCGAUAUUGGCAGCAUUGUUGUUAUAAAACAGAUUGGCACCAAAACAUAGAUCAAUUCUUUUUACAUCGAAAUGGUGAUAAUAGUGAAAAUAUGCGUAAGUAUGUGUGUGUCUGAAAACUAUGAAUCAGGCAUUGGUCUGUGAGUGAUAUUCCAAUGUGAUUGUGUUAAUGGACUUUAAGUACAUUAGAUUUGUAUAAAUAUGAACAAGACGAGAUCAAGAUUCCUCGACGUAGUUUUUUAGUUAGGCUAUUGUAAUUCGUUUAGGAACGGUUGUAAAAUAGUAUUCAAUAAGUGUAACGCAAAAGAAACUGCCAAGAAGUGCCUUUUACGAAUAAAUUAGCUGUAAUACUUGAUAUAGUUACUUUUUUGAAAUUUAUACGAUGCCGCUAAACUUGACUACAGGCCCCGUCAACUUAGGGUUACCAUUUCGAAAUUUGAAAAGUACUGACAUUUCGAUAGAAGUCCGGACAUUUUAGUUGAUCUCGUUAAGAUUUCGAAUCUUGUAAAGACUUAUUUGAUAUUUGUUAAUAUGUAGUUUUAUUGCUAUAUUCCAUCUAAUUAAAAAUAAAAUAUGGACAAGUUAGAGUCGGACAAAAUCUGGACUAGUCCAAAAGUCCGGAUUAAUCCGGACAGAUGGUAUCCCUACCGUCACCAGAAGUUAUAAAUUUUGUAAAUAACGAAUUUCUACGAAGUUACGUGUAACAACAAGAAAUCCCAAAUUCAAUAAAUAGCAAUUUUAUCGGGUGUGUGUUUUUGGCCUCUCGUGACGGGGCUUAUAGUCUGUUAGUGGUAAUAAUUUGACAGUGACGUUUGUCAUCGUGACGUAAGUAAAGAUAAUCUAUUACUUUUAAUAGCAAUCGGGCAUCGGUUCAGAGAGCUCUUUAAAAUACAAUAAUCAAAAUAUAGAACAAUAAUGUAGUUGGCUUAAUAAUUUGUGUUUUUUAUUCAUGUCAAUGAACUGACUAAAAUAAGUUUACGCCUGACACAAAAUACCUAAUAUUAUCUUUUUUUUUGAAGGCCGUUUCAAUUUAUAAUAUCUAGAGGUCACAGAACGAUAAGGCCGUAUAAAUAAAGAAAUAUUUAAAGCUUUUUCCAUGUUUGUUGCUUUAGUACCUUAUGUCUACCUACUUAGUUACUACCUUAAUUUUUUUUUGACGUGACGUAACCAAAGUAAACUGAAUACUUAUAAACUUUUUAUAUGUUCUUACUACGGCCAAAAGUAUCCGAAUAAUAACCAAUGUUUUUCAACCACAAUGUUUUGAUAGAUUUUAACAAAAGAGAACUAAAAUAUUCCAAACCUACUAAAGCGACUGGUUCACACAUCAGAGAAAAAUUAUCACCAUCAAAAAAUCUAUAUAUAUAUAUAUAUGCGUAUCCCUUCAAAAAAAGCGCGUACACCUUCCUUAAAGGCCGGCAACGCUCUUGUGAUUCCUCUGGUGUUGCAAGAGAAUGUGGGCGGCGGUGAUCACUUAAUACCCGUACGCUCGUUUGUCCUCCUAUUCCAUAAAAAAAUAUCUUGUUUUCUUAUCAAUAGCCAAAGGCAAGACAUAAUAUCCAGUUAUAAAAAUGGCAAAGGUCUAUCAUUAUUACAGCCAAUAAUUAAUAGUCUUUAAUUAAAAUAAAUAAUAUAAAAAAGUACAGUAAUAAUAAUAUAACAUUAGGUACGACCUUUUUAAACUUUACCUCAAUCUAUCACAAUGACUUGUAUAUUUUUAUAAAUUAUUUAGGUGAAUAAUAUAGUUACCAUAGAUUAAGUUGGCACGUUCUCACCAUUCAAUUACUUGCCAACUAUUUAUUAUAUUUAUGUAUACCGAUUCCCAAUGUCCUAUGUAUGUUGUAAGAAAAAAUACAAACUUUAAAUAUA